UAUUAUCGACUUUGAUCCGAUAUUACCAGACAAGGGUAUUUUAUUUUAUGAAGAAUGCCCUUCCGACUAUGAGAUUGAAAAGCCUAUACUUUUACCAUUAAAAUCUCCAACGCAAGUUCGUUUUGAACAAUUACAACACGAAGCUGUGCAAGUGUGGAAAGAAAAACAAAAACUAGCUAAGAAGAACUAACAUAUGUGUCUUAUUUUUUUUUAAUAAAAUUUAAACAAUUUAAGUAAAAUGGCUUAUACUUUGUUUGUGAUUGAAAUUAUAUCGGCGUUUAUAUUAGCUGCUACACUUUUAUACAGAUAUGGUGACUGCUAUAGAAAUCACAUAUUAGUAACUGUGUCCGUUUUAAUAGCAUGGUACUUCUCAUUUGUUAUUAUGUUUAUCUUACCUCUGGAUGUAUCAUCGACAUUUUAUCGGCAAUGCCUAGAUAACUCGACCCAUACAACCACUGCAACACCUGAAAUUAGUAUCCCAAGUACAGCAGCACCACCAGAGAAACAUUGUCAAGAACCAUGGAGCUUUGUACCAGAUUCUGUAUUUCCCAAUCUGUGGCGAAUAGUUUACUGGACCUCGCAAUGUUUGACAUGGCUUAUCAUGCCUAUGAUGCAGUCGUACAGUAAGGCCGGUGACUUUACUGUGAAGGGCAAACUUAAAUCCGCAUUGGUCGACAAUGCUAUAUACUACGGUUCAUACUUAUUCAUAUGUGGUAUACUGCUCAUAUAUAUAGCUUUGAAACCAGGAGUAUAUUUGGAUGGACCGAAGAUCAAAGCUAUAGCGUCUUCAGCUAGCAAUACCUGGGGAUUAUUUCUCCUAAUUCUACUUCUUGGCUAUUCCCUCGUUGAAGUGCCGAGAAACUUAUGGAAUAACUCGAAGAAGAAUUAUACUUUAAAUUACACAUACUUUAAGAUAGCUAAGUUGAGUACCGAUAAAUGUGAAGCAGAAGAAACUGUUGAUGCAAUUUUAGAGAGCCUAAGCUCCGUCACAGCAGCAGUCGGGCCCGGACACCCCCUCCACCGGCAUGUAGAGACGAUAGUACAGAAGUUGCCCGUCCAAUUACGUGACAAGCUUAACUCUCGAGCGCCGCCUGAAAGACCUACGCCGCCUUCGCUCAAGUCACUUGUCAACUUGCAUAAGAAAACUAUUAAGUUUCUACACGUUCUGCAACGCACGGAGACGCAGUGGGGUAUUAUGCUGGAGCGGAUAUUUCACCUGGAGGACGUUUCGUCCAACUGCCGCUCGCCCGACCAGCGCUUCCAGCACACCUUCCACACGCCGAGACCCAGGAUACAGCGUCUGCUCUAUCCGCCUAUUAUAGAAUGGUACUGGGAGUGUUUCUUCAAGCAAUAUUUUCUGAAAACAAUGGCAGUUGUAACGUGCAUCAUGUCGGUGGCCGUCGUGUGGUCCGAGGUCACGUUCUUCAGCAAGAAGCCCGUGCUGUCCAUAUUUGCUAAUAUAGUAAUUACUGCAAAUAAACACUACAAUUUUGCUGCUAUUGUGAUUAUAUCGACUCUGACCAUCGGGUACAUGUUCUACUGCGCUUACUCGACGGUGCUGAAGAUCCGCCUGCUGAACCUGUACUACCUCGCCCCCCACCACCAGACCAACGAGUACAGCCUCAUCUUCUCCGGCAUGAUGGUCUGCCGGCUGACGCCCGCCAUGUGUCUCAACUUCCUCAGCUUGGUGCACAUGGACUCACACGUUAUUAAAGAGAGGGUCAUGGAGACGUAUUACACCCAGAUAAUGGGUCACAUGGACGUGUUAGGUAUCAUCGCGGAAGGAUUCAACAUAUAUUUCCCGAUGCUAGUGGUUCUGCUGUGCCUGGCCACCUACCUCUCGCUGGGCAGUCGGCUGCUGUCGCUGUGCGGCUUCCAGCAGUUCGUGGGCGACGACGAGCUCACUAGCGACCUCGUAGAUGAAGGGAGGGAGAUAGUUAAGCGAGAAAAACGCAAACGUCAACGGGCUGAAGAAUCGAUAGCACGUCGCCGAGAGUACAACGACCGCUUCUCCAACUACAGAGCCACCAGGGACAACCAAGAUGGAGCCCGCACCGGGCUGCUCAACGACGUCGACUCAGAUUACUACGUCACGCCGAGUCCCGAGAGCCAGCGAUACCAGCGCGCCGACCUGCCCUACAGCAGUGACGUCACCGGCUACCAGCGCACCGAGCCCGCUGACGUCACCAUCGAGGACGAGCUCGAGCAGCGCUUCGGCGAGAGCGCGCUGCCGGCCGUGCGGACCGGACCGGACCGGCGCCGCGACAAGAUGACCAUGCCGCCGCGCGGGCUGUUCGACGACGUGUAGCCCACGGGUGCAGCUGGACUCGAACCGAUCUAGUCGAGUGUGACAAAAUAAGGGGCAGUUUAACCACAAAAAUGUAUGAUAAUGUCCAACUUCCCCUUAUCAAAACUACAUAAAAACGGCGUAUAGGGUCUCACUCGUUACUAGAAGUAAAGUAGUUGUAAUCUGUUACUAAAGAUAAAUGUAAUCCUUUAUUUGAAAACGAUUUCUGGAAAAGGAACAGUAAGACUCGGCCUCCUUUUAAUAUACAUUUAACGUCUAAAUAAAUAAAUGAAAAAUUGUUUCUUUAUCCAUACAUUUACUGAGAUUUUUACGGAUAACUUAUAAACAUAUUUUUUCUGAUGACCGUACGUUACUAGAAUAUAUCUAUUUAAUGCAAACUGCUCACGCUUCGCACGUUACGUUAAUGCUGUUUACGAUAUACUUUUAAUACUCUGAACGCAAAGCGAACGGUACUCUGUCGUUUUGUGAAGGUAUACUUACUCGGAAGUAAAUGUAUAUAGACGCGUUGAGAUGCUUAUGUAUUAUUUUGUUUUCAAAUAUUUAUCUGGCCUAAUAUAUGUCAUGAUAUACGUAAUGAGUAAGUAAGAAAAAAUAUAUAUUCGAAUUAUUAAUUUAUAUUAUAAAAUACUAAGAUUGUAAUUUCUUUAAUUUACAACAUUGUGACGCUAAAAAAGGUUGAUAUUUAUAACGAUUAUACGAAAUCUGGACUCUGGUGAUCGAAAUUUGUACAUUUUUAUAAACGUUUCAAAUAUAUUGACAAAAGUUUAUGAAAAAAAUAACGUCGUAAUGCAGUGACCGUUUGAUAUGUAUCUUAAUUAAUACAAGAACAUGAAAUUCACACUGGCCACGUCAAUAGUCUAAAUUGAAAAACGUUAAAACUGCACAGCUAUAAUAUCAUAUACUGCAUCUAUUGGUAUAAUUUUUACGUAUAUUUCUUUUGUAGUUAAGUAUAAAUCAGUAUAGAUGUGUAUUUUUACUAAAAACGGGUACAACUUUAAUUGUAUAUUGACACUUUUCUUAAAUAUUAGAAUAUCUAAACCCAAAUUUUUGUAAUUAUGGGAAACUGUCAAUUGAUAGCUUAUUGUUAUCGUAUAAGUUUGUAAAUAAUUUGUAGCUAAAAUAAUAAUAGCAAAUAUAUAAAUUUUCAGCUGAACAAUAUGAAAAUAGUAAAUAAUAAUAAAUAUAUAAUUGAAAUACAUAGAGAAGUACUAUAACCGAUUAGGUAACAUCCUCAGUUAAAAGGAAUUUUACAAUAAUAUUGUGUUCGCGUGCAGUCCCUGGAUGAUUUAGAUUGGAGCCGGUAGAUGUCACUGCGUUUGGGUUUCUUAUUUCAAACGUAGAAAGUUAUGACGAGCAGCUAGUGUCAUAUGAAAAUUUUGUUUUUUAUUAUUAUUAUAUAUAAUUUUGACUACGGAGAAAUUGAAUUUUAAUUUAGACAUAUUGGCGUAUAUUUUUACAAUAUUAGUAUUAUAUUUUAAUCAUUCGUAUUUUUUUUUUGUUUUGUUCAAUAUACCAGUUUUCUAUGUUUGCAAUUCAAAUAUUUCUUCUAGUAUAUAAAUAAAUACUUGUUACAAUUUUUAAAAGGUCACAAUUUGUAUGUAUAUCUUCACGAACCCUUCACAUACUAGAUGUAAUGUUUAAAUGUAUUGUCACAUAAAAUGUAGUAAUAUUCCGUGCGAGCUUAUUUAUAAGACUAGUGAUUUUUUUUUGUACAAAAAUAAUUUUGAUUUAUAUUUUUUUUUUUGUUAUUUAAUGAAUAAUUUAAGCUUUAUUUACAUAAGUUACUAAUAUUAUAUAGCCAUACAAUCAUCUUGCAAAUAAUUUAUUAAUUGGUUGAUUUUAGUUUUUUUUUUUUUUAUGAGAUGUUAUCAAAUUAUAUACGCAGAUAUAAAUGGGAUUUAUAAUAUAUUAUUCGCGUAUUAUAAUUUUUAAUAAUAACAUAAAAUAUAUUAGUAACGGCAGACAUUAAAUGAAUUUCAAAGUAAAUAAAGCUACAACUAUAUUACAUGCAGCAUUUCUUUUUAAUAAAUAAUAAAUAUGUAAAUGCCGCACAGCUGAGAAAUGCCUAUUCUCCUCUUGAGAAGGUUUGGAGCAUAUUCCACCAUGCUCCUCCAAUGCAGGUCAUGAAUCAAUGAAUAGACGAGGUUAUAAGCCGCAAACUAUUUUCUUUAAAUAAAUAAGUUAACAUAUUAAAUCAAUAUUUACUUGUUA